AAUAUAAUGACAUUUGCAAACAUCAGCCUCCCCACAAAUCCACGGCCAACAGGCAUCUUCGAGGUCCGCCCGUUCAGCGCAGAAAGCGCAGCCAAGACAGCAGAGCUGAUCAAGACGAACAACGAGCGUUACCAUCUUCUGAUCCACAAUGCGGGCGUGCAUAAUCACAUCCUCCACCACCUGCUAGCCCUAUAUUCCAUGGGCGCAACACCCGCCCAGCUCGAAAAGGCCUUUCUACGAGGGACGAUCUCCCAGAAACCGGCUGCUAUGCCCAAUAGUCAACGGGUGCACAACUUCAAAGAUCCAUCGCAGUUCCAGGCGUGCGUGGGAAAGGGCAAGUACUAUAAUGACUACUGUGCGUUCUUUCAGGAGGAGGUCGAGCGGAACGGGAUGGCCCAGACGGCGAAGGAGUAUAUUUUCAAGGGCGACGAGCUGGGAGAGGAGAUGUUUCGUCGGUUCUUUGGUGGCUACCUACAUGCUCCCAUCCACUUGGGCUACGCAAUCGAAUUCGACCAGCCUCUUAUCGCGGCAGAGGCAUUCGCACUGACAUCCGUCCACUCCUCAUCCUACGGCGAAACGCUACAUAUGAUCGAACAGGCCGUCCAGUCGGCAACUCCCUCUUCAGGCCGUUCAUUGAUCGACAUCCAACAGGACAUCUACUCGAACCAAAACAUCCGAAACGCAAUGGACUACGACGACUUGGACAAGUUGCAUCAGAGCGUCGUCCCAAACGCCAAAGACGACGUCGUCAGACUGGUCGGGCAGUGGCGCGUCCACCCAGACGAGCUAGAGAUUCGUGUUGCAGAGCUGCUCAACACAUUCACCUACCUAACCGCAUCCGCCCAACGCCCUAACAAACAAAUUCGCUUCGACUUCUUCCUCAUGCACGCAAUAACAUCAAGCUCCUUCGCGCCCGUCCUCGCCCGCACAUCAUGGAUCCCAAAGCCAACCAGAGCCCGUAUCCUCGAAUGGCUCGGCCGCGCCGCUCUACUAAUCUACAUUGAGUCGGGGGCGCCUUUGCCCCGUCCUGAAGAGAUAGCGAGAUAUAAGCCCCUUCAUCCGUCCGGAUGGAGCGAGCUGUUCUAUCGCGCGUGCGAGUACGAAGACGAUGGACACUUGAUUAAGCUCAUCCGGGGGAUCCGCACGGCUGCUGCGCUUGCGGGGCCGUAUGCUGAGCGGAGGGAGUUUCCGCUGAAGGAGGAGGGGGAGUUUUUGGUGAUUGCUCAUAUGGCAAUGGACGGCGCCGAAAAAUUCCAAACCGAAUCCGUCGAGCAAGAAGUCGACCAAGUCAACGAGAGCUCCAUAAUGGGGCAGAUAUUACCCCGGGAUAUCAUGCGGGUGGUGGCGCGCUGGCCCCGCCAUGUGGGAUACGAUGAGGCUUGGUAUCAUGUUCCGGAGAGGGAGGGUUUGCGGAGUAAGGCUAGGAUUUGAGAGAUCUUGUUGAUUCAGUGCUGGGGUUGUGUUCUGGUCGUUUUUGUUGUGGUUGGUUGGUUGGUUGUGGAUAUGUUACUGUUGAUAUAUUCAUGCGAACUAUGCGAGUAUGGAACUGGUAAUGAAUGAG